GUGGGGUAGGAGGAGGGGGAGUGCGGAACUGCAGUAAAAUAGAUUCCUUCGGCAAGUGUGCUUUCUCUCUAGCAUUGGGUGUAGCUUGUGAAAGCAGGUUAGGAAAAUCUCUGCUGUGUUUGGAUCUCCGACUGCAAUCUAACAUAGACAUGCCUUCCAAAAUCAUGAACUUUGCCCCUGGGCCAGCUAAAGUCCCCGAAGAAGUUAUCCACCAAGCACAUGCAGAAUUUCUCAACUACAAUAACGAGGGACUUAGUGUAAUAGAACUGACUCAUCGUGGUGCUACAUUCGGAAAAAUAAAUGAUGAAGCUGAAAAAAGUUUGCGACAAGUUUUUGAUAUUCCAUCAAACUACAAAGUGCUCUUUUUGCAAGGGGGUGGCACUGGCCAGUUCAGCGCCGUUCCUCUGAACUUGUGUUCUUCUUCUGACGAUGUCGUGGAUUAUAUUGUGACAGGAACUUGGUCUUCAAAGGCUGCCAAAGAAGCUGAAAAAUACUGCAAAGUAAAUAGGGUCUUGCCUAAAACAGAUGUUUUUACAGGUAUUCCUCCACAAUCAGAAUGGAAGUUAAGCAAGAAUGCAAAAUAUGUGUAUUAUUGUGCCAACGAAACAAUCCACGGCGUUGAAUUCGAUUUCGUACCUGAAACAAAUGGAGUGCCUUUAGUCUGUGAUAUGUCUUCCAAUGUACUAACUAGACCCGUAGAUAUUUCGAAAUUUGGACUAAUAUUCGCAGGAGCACAGAAAAAUGCUGGAAUUCCCGGCGUGACCUUCAUCAUAGUACGGGAUGAUCUUGUGGGUCAUGCCUUACCCAUCUGUCCCACGGUGUUCGACUACAAAAUUAAUGCAGACAACAAAUCACUUUACAAUACCCCUCCAACAUUUAGCAUUUAUGUUUUAGGCUUGGUCUUUAAAUGGAUCCUCUCCAAAGGUGGCGUUGCAGAAAUGCAGUCAUUCAGUGCAGAAAAAUCUAGGCUUGUGUAUGAUGUGAUUGAUUCUUCAGAAGGAUUUUAUCAUUCUGUAAUUAAAAAAGACAGCAGGAGUCGAAUGAAUAUCCCCUUCAGAAUUGGUGGUCCCAGUGGUAAUGAUGAACUAGAAAAGAAAUUUUUAGAAGAAGCCAAGGCUCAAGGGAUGAUUAAUUUAAAAGGCCACAGAUCUGUUGGAGGUAUUCGAAUUUCGCUUUUCAAUGCCAUAACACUUGAAGAAACAAAGGCUUUGGUAGAAUUAUUGAAAAGUUUUCUUCAAGCAAACAAAGUGUAAACAGAAGCACAAAAAGAAUGUUCAAGAAUCGAUUGCAGUUUAUAACAUAGCUUCUAUCAGGAAAAAUGCAUAGUUGAUAUUAGCUUUUCUACUAAUCUACGGAAAAUCAUUUUAAAUUAAUAUUUUUACCAGUGCAACCUAUACAUUCCAAUUUCUUCAUUACUCUAAAUGGCAUUCCAAAGUUCUGCGUCACAAUCUCUGUAAAAUGAAUUUUAAAUGUUGCUUGCUACUUACAAAUGCUUGUAAGAAAAAGCAAAUUUUAUAAGCAAGCUGUUUAAUUUUAUCAAUAUAAUGAAUUUUCUCUGAAAGUUUUUAAAAUACAUUGCUGCGUUUCAUUUUAAUAUAAGCAAAUAUUGUUUACAAAUCUAACUUUAUAGUAAUUUUAUAUUGUUAUAAAUGUAUUUAGAAUUAGUUUUCUUCAAUAAACUUGUUAAUAAAACAUAAUUAUAUAUUUUAACUGUUA